AUGAAAUUUAAAUUUUCACAUCAACUGAGGUAAAGACAAGCCUUGAUCCUAUUAAGUCUGCUAAGUAUUAUUCAAGCUGUAGAUUACUCUCAGAAUGGAAAGAAUUGGGAUGGAACUUGCGCCACUGGAAUCAGACAAUCACCAGUAAACAUAGCAACUCCAGAUUUGGUUUUGAAUUCACUGGUCAAGUUUCAAGUGAAUUACGAUUCGAUUGAAGACUAGACUUUGAAGGUGCAGGACAAGGGCAACAAGAUAUUUAUUGAGAGCAAUCAAAAUGCCAGCAGCUUUAUUGACUUUUGGAAUGAGAGAGGAGAGUACUAGAAAUUCAAGCUAGACUCUUUGCAGUGGAAAUUAAAGAGUGAACAUACUGUUGACAACAGGCAAUACUCAGCUGAGUUGUAAAUCUAUCACAUGCAGCCUGCCACCAAUCGAAAACUUGUCAUUUCAAUCCUUUUUGAUGAGGAAGCUUUUCUAGCAGCUCCCAGAGCAAAGACAUGCUUUGUUGAAUCAUUCAAAUUCCAAGACUACGUCUCAAGAGCAGGGUCUUUAGAAAUACCCAUUAGAGAAUACCUUCAGUUCGUCCCUUAGGACUUUUACUUCUACUAUGGCAGCUUGACAGAGCCAUAAUGCAAUGAGACUGUCACUUGGAUUGUCAUUAAGAGCAUACAGCCGAUCUCAACCUAACAAAUAAACAGCUUGAAGUCUCUUAUGAGCUCACCCUCUGGAAAUUUCAGAGAUAUAAAACCAAUCGGAACAAGAAAAGUAUACUUAAGUGGUGCCCAGCUUGGCAGAUUGCUGAUUUCUGCAGCUUUGAAAACCGCAGUUAUUAAUACUAUGGCUUUUGGAAUGAUUUUAAUAGCCAAUUUAAGUUAUAAAAGGAAAUUAAUGAACAGUAGAUUAAGAAACAACCUGAAUCAACAGCCAUCUAACUACAAUGGCUUUACUAACACUCAAUCAAUGGUACAUCCUUAAAUGAAGCAAUACUAAUUAUAGAAUCAAAAUAUGAAUUAAAGCAGAAAGAAAAAACCUAAUGCUGCUAAUCCAAAUUCCAAUAAGAACAAGAACUGGAAAGCAUUGAAUAUGAGGUAACCUGCUGGAGCUACUAUCAUGGAUCUUUAGGAUAUGGAUCGACAUGGUCAUCUUAUCAAGCCAGAGAUUGGGUAAGAUGAGUAUAGACAUUAGGACCCAAUGUAUGGUUUCGAUGAAAAAUUUACUGACAUUGAAUUAGAAAAGUUUAAAGAAGCCUUUAUAUUUUUUGACAGAGAUGGUGAUGGCACUAUGAAAUCUGAAGACGUAGGGUUGGCAAUGAGAGCUAUGGGAGCUUUAGUUUCAAAUAAUGAAGUCAAAGCCCUUUUGAAGAAAUAUGACCCAGAUGGCACGGGUACAAUCGACCUUAACGAUUUCAUUGCUUGUUUGGCUGAAGUUGUUAACAAAGAUGAUAAUCCAGGUGAAAUUAAAAAUGCAUUUUCAGUAUUUGACAAGGAAGAUAACAACAUGCUACCAAUUGACGAGAUGAGACAUGUACUAACUAGAAUUGGAGAUCCGUUAAGUCAAGAAGAGGUUACGAACUUCUUAAAUAUCCUAGAUGUGAAUGGUGACGGGCAUGUGAGAUUUGGUAAUCUUAUGGACUUACUAGUGCCUUAGACUAAUAAGGAUCUCUAUGCUAAGACUGUAGGUGGUGAAGGAAUUGAAAGAUCUUAGAUGAGUUAUGGAGCACCCCAAAUAGGCAAAGGAAUAGGAGGUGGAUAAGUCUAUGGGGGCAUACUAGAUAGCUAUAAACUCUUAGAAUAACUAUCAAGAAUGAAUAACAAUACGAGUACUACAAAUAUUGAGGAUAAAACUCAACAAAAUAAUGUUUCUAGUUCGCACAAUAGCAAUCAGAAGAAGUCAAGAAAAAGCGUAAAAGGAAAAGGCUAAGCAGCGUCUUUUAUGGGAGGAGAGAUCAAUCUGAACAGUGACUAAUUUGAGAAAUUGGUAUGUAAAUUUUAGGGAAUGGAUGGAGCCUGUGACUGGUUCUAGAUGAGCAAGCAGAAACUAGAGAAGUAGAAUAAAAAGACUAAUGCAGGUAACUUCGGAGGUCUCCCAGUUCAGCACUAAUGGAAGCCUCCCAGACUUGACCAAGAUAAAUACCAAGUUAAUAAAGAGUCUAUUCCACCGCUAAAUAAAUUUCAAGCACCCGCUCAUGAUUAAUAAAUUUAGCAGCAUUUGGAGAAGAGAUUACCAAAUGAGGGCAAGAUCAAAUUGCAAAUUCGAGAUUAAGCAUUCAACAGCAAUUCUAUUAAAGGGGAUGUCAAAGCUAGUGAUCUAGGAAAGAGAAAUCGCAGGUCUUAGUCUUUUGACAAUGACAUCACUGUCAGAUUUUAGUCAAGGAAAAAAAUCUUAGUUCAUGGUCAGCCUCUAGCUAGUGAAGUAGCUGGACCAAUGUUUAGCAAACCUGACGAGGCUAAUCACAAUAAAUAAUAUGCAAUUAAUAUGCAUACAGAAGAAAUUAAACAAGAUAUAACUGAGAUUAGCCCAUAGUUACAAAAAGUAGAGGUGAUGGUUUACAAUGUAGAUAAUAAAGAUAAUAAAAAUGAGGCUUUGCAGGAGUACUUAGACUUGUGCGAUUUCAUUAUGCGUGAGACCCACAAUGCGUCUUGUAACGGACUGUGGCUGAAGGGCUCAUUGGCGGGGUACUAGGAAAAGGCUAUGAAGUUGCUUCACGAGUACAACUAUAAUUUCAACCUGGCAAAGUUUCACAUUCUCUACCCAACUGUGAUGGCCAUACCUGAGCAGAGAGACGAGAUUCUUAAUUCAAUAAAUGACAAAGAACUUGAGAGUAUAGUCAAUGAUGCCAUAAUUGAUCUUAGAGGAUGCAAAAGCGUUGAGGCUGAUGAAGCCAUUUAAAGUGUGAGAAAUGAUAUGAAGACCAAUAGGAUCACUGUCGAAGAACUUGGCCACUAUCAGCAGAUGCUCAAAAAGCUAAGGGUCGAGAUGCCUCCAGACAUCGAACAGGAACUCAUUAAAAGCAAGGAUUUCUCUAAAGUCAUCAAGAAAAAAUGUGGACCUCAAACUGGAGGAGGUGCUGCUGCUCAAAUUCCUAACGAAAAGAAGAUGAGAUUGAGUGAUUUGCUUUAAAUGCAGGAUGAAUCAUUGAAGUACCAAAUAAUCACUCCAGAAAUGCAGCAACUAGCAGAGUAUGUCAAGAAAUCUCAGCAAUGGAUUGAAAAGGCGGAACUCAUUAAGACUCAAGUCGUCAAUGUGAAGCAGCUACAAAGCAUUUAGCAAGAGUCUCGCAGCAUCCCAGUCAACUUCGAGGGUUUAUUCGAAGAACUGAAGAAGCGUUCUAACGACAGUGUCUAACUGGUAGAACGCAUCCACUCAACCUUUAUCAAAGUCAAUAAGACCCGUACAUAAGUCAACCAAGAACUAUCCAACAGCAAUUUGGCUAAUGAUAGAGGUUCAGCUGCCUCGGCUAAGGAACGAAAGAAGCAGCAAGAUCUGAUAAAGAAAGAAAAAAGGCAGAAGGAGCAGCAGUACAAGGACUUGCUAAGAGAAGCUGAUGAACUCAUGAUUACCAAUCCUGAGAUACAGAAGCUUAGAGAGCAUCUGGAGGAUGUGGACUAGUGGAAGAAUAGAGUAUGGAUGUUCUUAGAAGACGAGCAUGAAUAGAGACAAAGGAAGGAAGUGUUUCUGCAACUGUUGAGGGAAACUGCUUUGUUUAAGUUUGAAGUUGAGCUCACCGAGGAUCUCUAGAGAAGACUUGAGUUCCUUGAGUGGCAUGAAAAGGUUAUUAAGAUUUGGAAUCAGAUGAACAAUAUCAAAAGUGAGCAAAGUUCACAUGGAAGUAAUCACAGUAGUAGAAAAGGCAGUGAAGCUGGAAAUGACGAGGAAAUGAAAGAUGUAGUUGAUUUCAUAGAGCCUAUGGAGUAGAAAUCCUAAAAAGUACCCUUGAGUAAACUAUAAGAUAUCAUGCAGGAAGGUGAAAGCAAAGGCUUUUCAGACAUUUAAAUCGAUAUCAUCAUAAGGAUAGGAGAGAUGUGCUUGAAAGCCAAUCAGUAUGAAACAGAAAUCAAGAAAGUGCUGAAAGAAAUCAAGGAGUCUGCCAGCUCAAACAAAGACUCAAAGCCAAAGAUCUCUAUUGAAAGACUUAUUGAACUCUAGGAAGAAGGAGAAAAGCUUAAAGUACAAAUGAAUGAAAUUGACGAACUUAAUCUGGUUAUUCAAGAAGUCUAGAACUUUGAUCACAGAUGCAAGGUCUACACAUAAUCACAAGAUUUUCUCAACAAUACUGAACUUAAAAGCAAGAAUCUCACUUCAAACGAGUUCCUGAAGUAGCUGCUUCAGUUGAGACAGCAAAUCACUAAAUUAGGUGUUAGAAGCAGCACUUUCUAGCUUUUUAAGAGGAAGAUCAAACCACUCCUCAGAUGGAUAAAGCGAUCAAGAAUGAUUAUCAAGACCUAUUUCAAAAGUAUAUAAGAAGAGAAAAGCUAGUCAACUACUUACAACUAGUUAAAACUGCUAGACUAGUAAGACUAUGAUAGCAUGUCUUCUUCAGACGAGUUUGAUAAUGAAUAGCUAAAUCAGGUGAAUGAUAACCAAUAGCUCUCAAUUGAAAUUGAUAUGGAUCUCCAAGACUAUGAUAUAUUGAUAAGCUUACUUUCACAGGCAGAGACCUCUUUGAAAAUUAUAAAAGAUACAAAUGACUACACCACCUUGAAACAAAUAGAGACUAGAGUAAAUUACUGGAUUUCAAAGGUAGAUGAGCUUGACACCUAGAGAAGCUUCACUAAAAAAGACAUGAUAAUGCAAGAAAACUUCGAUCAGCAAAUUCAGUAGAUUAUUUCCUAGGAGGAUGAUGAAUUUGAGCUUGACUCUGCUUUCCUUAAUAAUCAAUAAGUGAUUGAGACUCUGGAGAAAUUAGUUGGUGAGUAUCUACCACUGCCUAUCAAUAAAUAGCAGAGAGUUUAGAAGUAACUUAGAAGAGAGAGAUGGAUGAAGAAGCUGGCUGAACUUUACCAAGCUGAGAAAGUUAAACUCAAAUAAGUAGAAUCUCUGGUCAAAGAUUCGAAUCAUGCCGACAUCCAGGAAGAUUUCAGAUGCAAAAAACUAUCAAUCCAGUUGAAACAGUAAUUAGUAUAAUGCAAAGAGUGGCAUCAGCAACAAUAGAUAGCGGAUGUUUCAAAGCCAGCUGAAAUUUCAAGACUAUUAGAAAUGGGUAAUCUACUCAGAAUUAAUCUUAGUGACUAUGUCGAGUUGAGGAGCUUCUAUUAGGAUGUUAUUGACUGGAAAAAUAAAACAAAGCAAAUCCUUAACCAGAAGAAGUUUCCUGAGUUCAAUUAUGAGGUAUUGAGAAAACAUAUAGAUAUUGGCAUACAGCUAGAUAUUAAUGAAAAGGAGAUUGAGAUUUUGAAGUAAAUAGUCGAGUUCUGUGCUCAUUGGAAAAGCAUUGCGAGAAAAGUACUCAAGUCCCGAGAACUCUGUGCCCUCUAGCAUUAGCAAGUUAUAGUUAAAAUGCUGGAGUAACCACCAAACAGUCAGUCAGAUAGGCAAGAUCUAACAAAUAAUGAAUAGUCUUAGACUGUGUCAGGCUUGGUUCUAAUUUUAUCAAGGAAUCCAGACAAUCUUUUAUAAAUUUCAGAAAUACUUGGAGAACAACAGCUAUCAAUUAAAAAAGAUAAGGAUCACAACUAAGUUCAGUAAUAGGUUUAUAGACCAACUGGACUUCAACAGAUAACUGAGUAUAAGUACUACGACAACAAGCAGUACUGUCUAUGUCGCAGAGGCGAUGAUGGGAUAGCAUUCAUGAUUGGCUGUGAUUCUUGUAAGGAAUGGUUCCACGGCGAUUGUGUAGGCGUUAAGAAGGAUGCUGCAGGAAAGAUUAAUUAGUAUAUUUGCAUUGGGUGUGCCAGAGUUAGGUAUAAUUUUGAAAUGUGGAAUGAAAGCUAGCAAUAAGCUUAGCAAUAACAGCAAAGAGAUGAUCAAAUUAUUUAAGAGGACUUUCACUUAGAAAGAUUUACAGAAAGGAGAAGGUCAAAUUAUGCUAAUUUUAAGGCACUGAUAGAAUAGGGUGAGUUCGAUAUCCCUAUAUUCCUCGAGGAGAUGGAGGAAAUGAAAGUCCUUGAAUACAAGAUUGAAAAAUGGCUGGAUACUGUACAAUAAUAUCUGGAGUACUCGUUACUAGAUCAAUAUGACUACAGUUAUGAAUAGCAACAACCCAAGCAGAAUUAAUCUAGUUAGCAGUAAUCUAUUAGCAAGCUUAACUCACUUGAUAACAUCUCUAUGCAGAUGUUAAAACUGUAUCUUGAGAGUGAGUCAUUCCCAAUCGAAUUGGAUGAGGCGGAGGAACUCAUUCUUAUAAUGAAGCAAAGAAAAUGGUAUCAGGAGUGCUAGAGAGUACUCUAAGGAACCACUCUUAAGCAAAAUAAAGUACAAUAUAAAAGGAACAUUAAGCGGCUCAUAUCUCAAUCAUUAGAGUUGAAGAUUGAAAAUGACUAGAGCUUAAAGCAUAUGAUUAAGUAAUUACAGAAGCUCUUGCAGGGCACUUAGCAGCAAUCUUACUAAUCUCCUUAAAUGAUGCAUAACCCCUAGAAAAUGCAGCAUCAGAUUCCAGGUUCGGGCAAGUAUCGUGCUAAUAGCAUAUAGCAGUAGCAGCUCUACUAGAUGCAGUAACAAUAUUCAUCACCUUAAAACAAUAUGAUUAUACCUUAGGAGAUGCCAUCUCACUUACAUUAAUAGCAUAUGCACCUAUAGAACGAAUAGAUGGUUGAUGAAUACGAAAUCAACACAGCUACUAACUAGGAAAUCAGCAGAGUGGAGUACGAGUUGAAUAAGUUGUUCUCCUCAGGAGUUGUUGAAUAUGGUGACUGUGUAAAUCUUAUUGAUUAGUUUGAAUAAAUGGAGAUGAUUAAAACUGAGGAGGAUAAGUAGAAGGUGGAUGAGUUAAGGAACUUGCUGAAUGAAUAUACUAGCUGGCUGAACCGGGUUAGAGAGUGUCUCAACCUCGCCAGAAAGAAUCGUAGAAUAGAUGUAAGAUUGUCGUAUAUUAAAAUGAUGUAUGUUAAGGAGUAUGAAAAGUUAAUAUAAGAGGGCGAUAGACUCUAUUUUAUGUUUACGAGUGUUGAGAAGGUGUAAUAUAAAGAGAUAUAUGAGCACUUUGUUGAGUGGGAGCGAAAUGCUGUCGAGUUUAUAUAAGAAGCCAGAUGUAAAAUUCAGGACUGCAUUGGAAAUGUUCCUCUGUGCAAGAGUUUCACCGAAGAAAUGAACUACUAUAAUAAUGGCAUCUGGCAACCCCAUGUGGAGGAUUGCUAUGAGGAUUGUAACUGGGACUUCUACCAAUUCAGAGUUAUUAGAUUAGAAAACGAGAAGAAGUUAUAGGAAAGCCAAUAGAUACCUCGGAGAGCUGGUGUCGAAGAAGCAAAAGUUGAUGACUAAGAUGAGGAAGUAGACCAUGAUUAGUUCUUUAAAGAUGCUAGAGACUCCGAUGGUGACAAGGAGGCUUAAAUCAACCCAGAAUAGAGUGAUGCUAAUCAUGAGAGCUUUAAUACGAUCAAGCAGAUCAUUACUCAAAAUGAAUAGGAAAUGCAAUAAGACUUUUUCAAAUGA